UCUAAGGCAAUAGAAGUAAGAGAGGGAGACGCUCGAAUUUGACAGUUUAUCUGUGCUUGUGUGUUGUUUGUUUGUUGAAUAUUUUACAAAAUUUUACAAGAUGACCGCGACGGAUGAAAGGGCGGUUUUCGCGAAACUCGAGGCGGUUAAAGAAAUCAGGGCGAAAACGAUACAGUUGGAGAAACUGAAAGCGCGGCUGAUCUGCGAGGUGGAGUCUCAGGAUCAGGAGGAAAAAUCGCUGUCUGAGUACAAGCAGGAGAUGGACUUGCUCUUGCAGGAGAAGAUGUCGCACGUCGAGGAGCUCAGGCAGAUUCACGCCGACAUCAAUUCAAUGGAAACCGUCAUAAAACAAGCGGAGGAGAGCAGGUCGAGGUCGAUGAACGCAGCGCUGAGACUGCACGAAGAGUACUUACCGUUAAAGAGCGAGAUAGACCGCCUGCGGCGUGAGUGUCUGGGUCUGGAACGUCUGCCCGAUCUCCACGAGGAAGAGGGCACCGUGAUAACUCCAGAGAAAUUUUCUCAGCUGUACAACUCGACCAAGAACCAAUCGACAGGUUUCUCCAAGACUGCAGACUGGACGAGGCCGUUGACUUCCUCGGACGGUUCCCUGGGCUCGUUGGCGCCGCCGUUGCCGCCCACGUUCCUGCCGCCCCCCAAUCCGCUCCGACUCGUCGCCAACAAACCAGAAUCGGGGAGGUCGGGAGGGAUGACGCCCUCGCAUCCGGGGCCACCGGCGCCCACUUUCAGGUCCGAUCUCGGUUUGAGGCAGCAACCGCCCCCCAUGAAGUCGUGUCUCAGUUGCCACCAGCAAAUCCAUCGCAACGCACCGAUAUGCCCGCUAUGCAAGGCCAAGUCGAGGUCCCGAAACCCGAAGAAGCCGAAGAAGAAGGACCAUUGAUGUCCGGCCUCGAAGGGAUAAAAAAAACUACCAGGGUUCACUUUUUGACAGCCAACGCCUGUCGGGACGCGGACCAAUGAAUCCUUCCAAGUUCGAAAGUCAACAUGGCCGCUAGCAGUUCUUCAAAGUUUAAUUUUCGGGAAAAAAAAAUGAAACCCUUUUUUUUAUGUGGUACAUGUGUGUGGUCCUUUUUUUGGAUUUUUAAAAUGUCCUGGCCAAUAUGGCAGGCGCUUUUUUCGUAUUUUAACCAUAUUUAUAUAUAACCCUAUACCGAGUGUUCGUGUUUUAUGUGUAGGUUAAGCGACGAAUAUAUGUUUAAACCAAUAAUAA